AUGGAUACGGAUUUUUCAAUCCCUAAUCACACAGUGGAAUACGCGUGGAACUAAAGGUGAAAACGAAGAAACUUAUUGAACCGCGGGUGUGUUCUUCCUAAGGUUUUAGUACGCAUAUCACCAAAAUCGAAUAAUCCUUCCUAAUAUAUUGCUUCACUAGGAUCUAACCUUAAAUAAUUUAUUUUCAAGCAAUAGUUUUUGUGGGUAACUCUCAAUUUUUCCGAUCCCGAAUUUUUCUUUGUAUAUAUAUUUUUGGGUUCUGGGAUCAGUGUGAAAUGGAGAAGGUGAUGAACAUUCUGAAACCCAAGCCAAAUCCUCAACAAAUAUUGAGAGAUUGGCAACGCAGGCUUCGCCAAGAGUGUCGAAACAUUGAGCGUCAAAUUCGCGAUAUUGAGAGAGAAGAAAAAACUGUGCAGAAGGCUAUUAAAGAAGCUGCCAAGAGGAAUGACAUUGGCUCUGCAAAGGCACUUGCUACGGAAAUUGUGAGAUCGAGGAAAACAGUGAACCGGCUUCAUGAAAAUAAAGCGCAAUUGAAUUCAAUAUCAAUGCACCUUGGUGAAAGUGUUGCGAUUUCUCGCACUGUGGGACAUCUAUCCAAGAGUGCUGAGGUUAUGAAGCUUGUCAAUAACCUCAUGAAGGCUCCUGAAAUGGCUGUGGCUAUGCAAGAGUUCAGCAAAGAAAUGACAAAGGCAGGAGUCAUUGAAGAGAUAGUAAACGAUGCUGUUGACUCGGCAUUAGAUUCUGAGGACAUAGAAGAUGAGAUAGAAGAAGAAGUUGACAAAGUCUUAACCGCAAUAGCUGGCGAGACAGCCGCACAACUUCCUGAAGCUGCGAGGAAACAAAAGGUGAAGCAACCUGGUCAAAGUGUUAGUGCUGCAGAGGAAGAGGCUAUAGCUGAGGGUGUUGAUGAUGAAGAGGAAAUGGAGGAAAUUAGGGCCAGAUUGGCUAAAGUCAGGUCAUAAACGAGUUUAUGCUCCAGAUUGUACCUUGAUAUAUAUAUUUUAAGAGAGAUGUUGACAUCUUUGCAUCCCAUUUGUAUUGGAAAAUAUGACUAAUAUAUAUCACCAAUGUCAACAUAGUUCAUAUGUAAAUUAUAAACAAUUUGAAGCUUCAAGUUUAUAUUAUUGAGGACAAUGCUAACUUUAUCCA